AUGACUACUCUCCUCCUACUGGCCUGCCUGUCAAUGGCCUUACCGUACACCGUCUGUGGUGAGCCGGUAAAUCCAUUUAAUCUCCUGAAAGAUCGAGUGGACUGUGUGGAAAAGCAGCUGGGCAAGAUUGUAACCCCGGAGGAGGACUUCAGUGCAACAAACGCAAAACUGAAGUUGCAGGUAGCAAGAGUAGACACACUGAGGCAAGAGAAUGAAGCUCUAGAGCAGCAGCAGCUGGAUGGACAAAGAGUGUUGGUGGCCAGGCUCAAUGCCACGAAGACAGAGCUGGAAGCUGAAGUACAGGAGCUGAAGAGAGACAACAGAGUAAAUGUGGCGUUGAAAGGAGUGGCCGCUCAGUCAUCUCUAUAUGGAAUCGGUGUAGCUUCAAAUGCCAUUGAUGGGACCAGAGAACCUGAAUAUAACAAACAAUCCUGCAGCCACACUCAGGAUGACACCAACCCCUGGUGGAGAGUGGACCUUCUGGGUGUGUACAGAGUGAAAGCUAUCAAUAUCAGCACUAUGCACUGCUGUGCUGAGAGACUUAAUGGUGCUGAGAUUCACAUCGGAAACUCACUGGAGAACAACGGCAUCAACAACCCCAGAUGUGAUGUCAUCUCCCAAAUACCAACAGGGGAGACCCACACCUUCCAGUGUAAUGAGAUGAAGGGUCGCUAUGUUGUUGUGGUCAUCCCUGGCAGGAAGGAGUAUCUCCAUCUGUGUGAGGUGGAAGUACAUGCGGACGGACUCAGCGGCUUGGAAGCUAAACUGAACUCUCUAGAGCACCAACAGCUGGAUGGACAGCGAGUGUGGGGGGCCAGGCUCGAUGACACAUACCCAAACACCUCUCUUCCCUCCACCCCUCCUUCCAUUACUCCCCCAUCUUGUAAACAUUUCAAAUUCAUACACUGUCAGAUGAUUAAGAGAAACGUGGCAUUGAAAGGAGUGGCCACCCAGUCAUCACUGUAUGGGGAUGGCCAGGCUAACAAUGUCAUUGAUGGCAACAGAGAAUCAAACUAUCACAAAAUAUCCUGCACACACACUGAACAGGAGACCAACCCCUGGUGGAGAGUGGACAGAUCCAGCAGGUCCAGAGUGACAGCUGUCACCUUCACCAACAGAGGAGAUGUUGUUCCUGAGAGACUUGAUGGUGCUGAGAUCUGCAUCGGUAACUCACUGGAGAACACUGGCAUCAACAACCUCAGAUGUGUUGUCAUCCACCACAUCCCAGCAGGAGAGACCUACACCUUCCAGUGUAAUGAGAUGGAGGGUCAGUAUGUUGUUGUGGUCAUCCCUGGACAGAACAAGAUUCUCACUCUGUGUGAGGUGGAAGUUUACGGCCUUCCUGCAGGUAAUCAUCUGUAACUGUCGUCGCUCUUCAGAUUUAUUACCAAGGUAUCAUCAGGGUUUCUACUACGUCACAUGCGAUGUGUUCAGUAAUUACAUCACAGGAUCCAUCUUGUUGUGAAAUAAGUAGGACAAGUGUUGUUGCCAAAGUUAGAAUAAACUCACUGCCACUCAAUAAAAAAUAAAAAUAAAUUAUAGCUUUUUCUACCUAGACAAUUUUUGCUAUUAUUUUAAUUUUUUCGUAUAAGUGUGUCCUGUAUUCAUGAUGUCCCCAUUGGCCCGAUACUUCCCCAACAAGUUACACCCACAUCAAACUACACCCCCAAGCCAACUCAAGUUUGGUUCCUGUCAUGGCCGCCAGCAUUUCUUGAGGUGCAAGCCAAAAAACAUGGCCGAAUCCGCUGUUGCAGUUCCCCUUCAACCUUUAUCUAGUUGUUUCCUAGACGUCUCCUGGUUCUGUAUGUUUAUAGUGUUCUAUGUGUGUUUUCUUUCUUUCCCACUUCUCAGCUAUAAUGCUCUCUUUUUGAGUGUGGGUUCCUUAUACUUUAUCUUGCUUUAUCUUGGCCAGGUCGCAGUUGUAAAUGAGACCUUGUUCUCAACCCGCAUACCUGGUAAAAUAAAGGUGAAAAAAAUUUGAACACACUUUUUACAUGGCUAUUGUUGUAUGUAUUGUACUAUUUACAGUAGAAUUUGUAUUCCUAUAUGAUAGUGUGACAUCUACUGGCCUUUUCAGGUACUUCAGAUUACUCAACCAGGUGUCUGUAAUUAUCAAUAAACUAAUCAAAUGUAUUUAUAAAGCCCUUUUCACAUCAGCCGAUGUAAACAACACAUCUGCCAUGCUGAUCCUCAACACUGCCAUGCUGAUCCUCAACACAUGGUCCCCUCAGGGACGUGUGCUUCAUCCCCUCCUGUACUCCUUCACCCAUGACUGUGUAGUGGAGCGAGUUCGAGAGCUUCAAGUUCCUU